AUUAUGUCUCUCAUAGUUGAGGUAUAAUGACAAGUACAGGCCUUUCUCAUCUUUUUAAGUAGUAAAACUUUGGCACCAUUGGUGACUGACUAAAUACUUUUUUGCCCCACUGUAAGCUUUUUCAGAUAAAGUUUUAGACUUGAUGAGUUGGAAAAAUUAUUUAUCCAAUAUGCAAACAGAUAUCAUUAUAGGUCAUUAAGUGUCUCAGAAUUAAUUAGGUUAUUAAGGAAACAGUACAUUUUUUUUGUUGGUAAAAGAAUAUUAAGUAGGGUGUCACUCGGUUGCUAAGCAACACGACAACACCAGGCAGACAUGGCGGAAGCCGGUGAAACAGCAGAAAUCCAGAGGAAAAUCCGCGCAGCCUUUCACGUGUUUGACCACAAAGCUGACAACACCGUGGACGUCCGUGAGGUCAGCACCAUCAUCUAUUCGCUGGGAUGUUUCCCCACCAAAGCAGACAUCCAUCGCUUCGUGGAUGAGGUGGAGGAGGACAAUAUGGGAUAUGUUCACUUGGACAAGUUCCUACCAGUCAUGACCAAAGUAAUAAUGGAGAACAAGUUUCCUCCCAUUCCUGAAGAGCAUUUGCGUCAGGCGUUUGAGGUUUUAGACAAAGACAGGAGGGGAUACAUGGAACCACAAGAGCUCGCAAAAUACAUGAAAAGUGAAGGUGAGGCCUUCAGUCAGGAAGAGACCAAUGAAAUGCUGACAGCACUGGUUGAUGAAAAAAAGAACCUUAUCUGCUACAAGGAGUUAAUCAAUCAGCUGACCAUUGACCCCGACACGUAGGCAGUCAUUCCUCAUUUCUCAGCAUAUCUGCUGAAAAACAGUGUGUUUGGGCCAAAAUACAAAUAAAUAUUAAUUUUUGUUUUUUCUGUA